AUGCAUCAAAUAGAUACAGAUGAACCAAUGGAAGAUGUUCUUGAGGAUUGCUCAAAAAAGAGCAAAUUUACAGAGCAAGAAAAUUCAGAGAAGAAGGUGCAAAAUAGUGAAAAAGAGGAUAUAGAAGAAUGUGAAAUGCAAGAUGGUGACUUUUUUUUCGAAAAAAAAGAAAAAAAACAGAAAAAAAAUGCAUUAUUAGGAGCAAAAACUGAAAAUAAAAAAUUAAACACUAUAAAUACAUCUAUUUGUUUAUCAGAGAAAUUUAAAUCUAUGGAAAUGAAUAUCCUUGAUGAAGAAGAUAAAAAAAAGAAAAAAAAAAGACUUUUAAGCUGGAAGAUACAAAGUGUUAGUGGAGGAUAUUUUUCUGAUCUUGCACCUAUUUUUACAAAAGAUGAAAAGUCAAUAUUUGUUGCAAUUGGUUCAUUUGUUAAAGUUUAUAAUAUUAAAACAAGAAUUUGUACACAAACAAUUGGUAAUUUAGAUCAAAGGGACUGUCUAAAUCUACCGAAAAUUACAGCUAUGGAACUAGAUCCUUCUAAUGAGUAUAGAAUUUAUGUCGCAGAUGAAGAAGGUACUAUAAAACUAUGGGAUUGGAUGGACAAUAAUUUACUUAAUUCUCGACAUACUCGCAAGAAAAUUCACUACAUUUCAAUACCAUCAUCAAAUCCAUCAUGUGUUUAUGUAGUUCUUGAACAUAAUUCAUUGCAUCCAUCUAAUUCACACGACUCUUCGGUUUAUUCUUAUACAUUUCCGUCUUCUGUAUCAACUUCUACAAAAGUAAUACGUUCUCAAAGAAUCUUGAAAUGUAAAACAUGUGUCGGCAUGAGUAUUUCGGAUGAUGAAAAAACAUUAGUUAUUGGUAGUACUCAUUCUAUUUAUGUUUGUAAAAAAAAGGAAUUAAACCCUGAAACUCACCAAAAAUUAUGGGAAACACAUAAAUUUGAUACACGUGACCCAAUAAGCACUUUAUUAAUGUACGACAAUUAUGUCGCAGUAGGAGAUCAUGAAGGAAAAUUACUUAUAUACUAUAAUAUCUUAAAUUUAGAAGAACCAAUUAUUAGAAUAUUUCAUUGGCAUCCUCAGACUUUUUCUGCUCUUAAUUUUGCACUAGAAGGGUCAUAUAUUUUAACAGGUGGGAGAGAAGGUGUUCUUGUCUUUUGGCAAAUUAAGACAGGAAAUAAACAAUUUCUUCCAAGAUUAGGUUCUCCUAUUAGUAAAAUAGGUAUUAGUCGAACAAAUUCUCUUUAUGCCGUACUAUUAGAAAAUAAUUCUAUAAAAAUUAUUGAUGCAAUAGAUUUGAAAACAAAAUCUGAAAUAUCAGGAGUUCAAAUUGGAAAAGAUGUUGCUCAUCGUAUUCCUUCUAUUGUACAUCCUAUCACUAAAAAUAUUUUAUUUGCUUCUCAAUCUUUAUUUUCAUCAACUUUUUUGCAGUCUUAUGAUAUUAUAAGAGAUUACCAGACAUAUAAAACGGAAGUAAUACGUGUAUCUCACCUUGAAACAUUAGAAAAAGAUGGUUUAGAAAUACCAAAGCCCAAAAUAACACACAUCUCAUUAUCAAUGGAUUGUCUUUGGAUGGCAACAGUUGAUGAAUGGGAAUUAUUAAAUGAAUAUUAUGAUUUUCAUAAAGAAAAUAGAGAAAUUUUUCUUAAAUUCUGGAAAUGGGAUUCACCAAAUAAGAAAUGGGAUCUUAGUACACGCAUAGAUUCUCCUCAUGGACUUGGGAAAAAAGUAAAUGGGUUAAACGCUUCUCCAAAUGAAAAAAAAUUUUGUACCAUUGGUAAUGAUGGUUCAUUAAAACUUUGGAAAUCGAAAAUAAAAGACAAAAGCAGGACGAUUAAAACAGAAAUGUGGAUAUGUUACAAGGUUAUUCGCUAUAUUCAAAUUUCGAAUGAUCCUUUUAAUAAAAAUGAAGUAUUUUGUACAACAUGGACACUAGAUGGAAGUAUGAUCAUUGUUGGAUACAAUAAAAUUUUAUUAAUCGUGGAUGAACGACUUGGAACUAUUCGCCAUACAAUAAACAAUCUAUACAUAGAAAGAAUCCUAUUUGUUCAAGCACUAGGAACUUUUAUUAUUGUUAUUGCUAAAAAAUGUAUUUUAGUAUGGGACAUAUUAAGAGCCACAACUAAAUGGUAUUUAAAUAUACCGAAAAUCCACCAUUCACUAAAAGAUUUUCACCUUGCAGCUGACCACACAAAUCUAUUGUUUGCUGUCUCAUUUAACAAUUCAAAAGAACAUAAUUCAAAGCUUUAUAUUUUUAACGUAACAUCACCAAUACCUAUUUUUUUGCAACAACAUCCACAUAAAAUCAUCGCACUGAAUCAUAUACCAUCAAUUUCAUUCUCUUCAUUUACAUUUCUGGAUCUUUCUGGUUAUUUCUUCACUUUAACAACAAAAGAUAGUACUUUUAUAAAGAAUAUAGAAAAUGAUCAAACACUAGCUCAAGAAAAAGAAUUUAAACUUUCAAACAUAUAUGGAGCAAUUUCGAAUGAAAAAACAACCAUAUCACUGCCAGAAGAUGACUUACGAUCCAAAGUCAUAUCCAUUGAAGCACUAAGUCUUCUUUAUGACAAACCAACGUAUACAAUGCCGUCGUUAGAAUUUUUGUUAGAAGAAACUAUGAAACUAAUCGGCGAACCUCCAUUAGAACGUUUUUCAAAAACACUUGAUUUCAAAGCUUAA